GAUACGACGAAAUUCUAAAGAUUGUAGACUCCAAAAUCAAAGAAAACAAGUCCAGAGUAACUGCAGCAAGAUCCAGACAACAGUCAUGCCAAAUGAUGUCCAGACCUCUGAAGGCCCCCUUGACCGAUCCUUUGAGGACUUGGUUACUAAGAUUCUUGCUACCGAAGAUGACUGUGUGACAAAUGAUAGCCUUGGUACCCAGAUUUCUCUUACACAGGAGCUGCUAGAGACCCUUUCAGCUGGAAACUGCUUUGAAAAUGGCAUCCCUCCAUGGAAGCAAGACGCAAUCCCAGACAUCAGUGGAUUAUCAUCUGCCCAGCUCAUCCAAGAGGCACUCAAUUGGAUGCAGCAAAAUAAGAAUGGACAGAUGUUAAGUGCAGAGAAUGAGAACACAUAUCCAGAUUCUCCUCACAACUCUCUUGCUGGAAGUUACAGUUCUGGAGAUGAAGUUGGUUGGCCAAAUGUUCCACUUUCCAGAGCUGAGGCGGAGAUGGCUCCUCAAUGCAUGAAUCGCAACAGUCCCCAGAUUCCACCUCUAGAUGUUAAACCACCUAAGUACAGCUAUGAGCCGAAUCAGUUCAACAACAUGCCACCCGCGAGAGAAGAUUAUCCCUUCCGAUUCCCUCCAAAUAGAUCCUCUCCCAUCAACAUGGCAGAAAUGGGGGUUGUCCAACCAGACUCUCAGAUGCCUGCAUCGAUGGGUGGGUUCAACAUGGGCAAUAAUUUCCAGGGUUCCCCUGCCCAGUCUCCGCCACUUCCUCAACGUCAGAUGUCCCAAAGCAUCCAUGCCCAGGAUGACUACCCACCUCAGCAGCCAAAUUAUCCUCAAACCUUCCAACGCCCCUCCUUCAAUAACCCUAGAGACAUUGAUAUGUCUCGGUAUGCUAGAGCCCAACAGUGGAAGAACCAGCAGGAUUUCUUUCGCACGAUGACCAACCCUAGAUUCAAGUACGACCCCCAAAUGGCUGCAGGAUUUCCUCGCAACAACUAUAACAAUCGCUAUCCAUAUAGCAGCAGACCAAACCAUGUUCCAGGCUGGGUGAAGAGGAACCAAUCACUCAACUUGAACUUGAGACAGCAGUCACCAUCAUUUUCUGAGAAUUACACUUCUCUGCCCCGCAGCCCGUUGUCUCCUACAUCACCAAUACUAGAUGGGGAGCUUGUCGCGGCUAUUGAAGACUGCCAGUACCAGUUGCAGAAUUUGGAAAAAGAAAGAAGGAAGACUGAAACGGAACUGGUGAAGAUGAAUCCAGGAAAGCGCAUAUCAAGUUCUAACACUAUUGCAGUGCCUCCACUACCACCAAACCCAUCUGCCUUGGAUCAACUCAUCGUUGAAGAGUAUAGAGAGCAUAGCAGGAUGACUACUCUGUUGAGUAAGAUCGGAGGUCUGAAUGCCAAGGCCCUUCAUCCAAACAUUGAGGCUUGUCUGGACUCGUGGGUGUCAGCCAUACAGUCUGUUGAAGCACACCGAACAGCUGAAAAGUGUCAAAGUCUGCAUGGAAGAAAUGUACUGGAUAAAGGAAAUGGGACUAUCAUUGAGAAGGUCAAGAUACUUCACCAGGCCACAAGUGAUGCAAGAACCAGGCUGUGGUGUGCUCUUCAGCUUUCCAAAGAAAAACAUAUUCCUCCCAUCAAGAAAGAGCUCUUGAAUUUCCUCCCUGAGAUGGUGCGCCUCAUAUAAAUGCUGUGAAUACAAAAAGUAGCAUUUACAUUGUUGCUCUAUGUGCAGGUAAAAAAAAGAAACCAGGGUACAAAAUAACAUUAGUUCAUUCUAAAGGAUUCUGGUAUGUGAUUGUAAAUUUUUGUUUUCUUUAACUUAUACCUAGAAAUGGGUUUGAACAAUAAGGCUGAAAACUUGUGAAGCUCUAAGGAUUUGGAUGAACUUGCGGCAACCUGUUGACAUUAAAUAUGAACAUAAUGUUAUGUCUUGGAAGCAAUGUCAUAUUUUCUGUAUGAAAAGUAACUUCAUUACUUAACCAAAAACUUGAUACAAAAUUAUAUAUUUUCAAGUAUGAUGUUACUGAUCAUUUAUUAUCUCACACAUUUUUCCAUAAGGUUACUAAGGAUACGAUAUGUAUACAUCAUGAAGUAAACUCAUUGUUCCUCACUCAGAGGCCUAAAUGUACUUGUGGAUAGGCCCCCGGGAUGUAAUUAUGUUCCCAUUUCUGAUAAACUAGAAAUUAUUAUAUAUUUUACGUAGUUCGCAUCAAUUAGAUAGAAACCUUUAGUGCCUUCAAUUUUGUGCUUACUGUAGUACAAACAUCAUUCCCUCAAUGCCAUUUUUAACACUAUCAUUGUUGUUUUAAUUACACCAAUUAACAAUUAUUGGCUAUAUACGCCAGAACCAUCGAUAGCAGGUAAGAUACAGACGCCAUUACCAGUAAUUAUUAUAAAACGUCAAUCCUUUACGAGUCAAACUGGAAUGUGGAUGAAAGGCAAAAAGGCGCUAUCAUCAUUCUGAAAUUGCUGCAGAACACAUUUUGAAAAUUUGAGACAACACAUUACUGUUUAUAGAGAAAGUUUCCUAUAUUGUAUUUCUUUGUUUUCUGAGUGGAAUAAGUAUUAUGACUACUAUGUACUAUUGAAUCAUAUGUCAACUAUACAUGGUAAAAUUUCAGAUAAGGAAAGAAAGUACAUUCUAAAAAGGAAUCAUUCAAGAUAUUCCAAGAGCUCUUUAUAGGGCACACUGCCACUCUGAAACAAUCUAUAAGAAUAUAGAGGAGUAAAUUAUGAAGCUUAAAGAGAGAGGACAAAAUCCAAACCUAUUUAUGCCAUUGCAGUGAACUUGCCUUACAUGUAUCAUGUCCUGUUAUAUAAAAGAAAGCUUUUGAAAAAUGAAGUAAAUAUCAAAUCCAAAUUUUAAAACGGUCAGUAUCAAGAGAUUGAUAAACCACUGCUCUGUACAUUCCCUGCAUUUGCUUUGAAUGGCAUUUCCUGUUAUGCUAGAAAAGUAAAUUGAGUCACUCAUCAUAAAUGGCUGUGAUUUUUUUGUUAACCUUCCUUUAAAACAUUCUCUUUACAUUUCAUCCUAAAAUCAAACGUCUGUUAUUCAAAAUCCGAAAGGAUUUUUUUUACUAUACAUGCCAUGUAUAUUUGUUACUGUGUAUAUGGAAAGUAGAUUUAAUCUUUUUCUAAUUACAUGCAUGGUUGAUAUAAUGUCUUGUUAAAUACUAACGAAUAAAGACUUGCAAUUAUACUUUCUUUGAGAUUUAAAUGAAGUAAAAAUAAUUUUCUUGAUAUAUUGCAUAUUCAUAUAAUUGGAAAAAAGAAAGUUAUAUUUGAUUUGUAUAUACUAUUGUUAUUAAUGAUUGAUGAUUGAUUCUAUAUUAAUUUGUAUGAUUUAAUCUCGUCUAAAACAUUGCCUUAUCUGUUUUGUUUUCUUUCAUUUUGCUUGUAGUAGGUAUGAAACGAAUAUAUUAGUACUUUUGUUGUUUUACUGGUGAUAGUUAUGAAAUGAGAUGUAAAAUGCUAAUGCUUUUAAUCACCUGGAAAUGAACCCAUUGCAAAUGAUUUUGUAUCAAAAAUUAAAAAUUGAUAAUGAAAAUUUGUUUUUCCGUCAUUUGAAUAGAAGGAAAUACAUUUGAACGUUGCUGACAACUAGCAUGACUGAGUCUUUAUAUAUAUUAUAUAUAUGGUAAUAACUGAAUGUUAAGAGCUGAUGUGCUUUUGAUAUAUAUAGGAGUUGAAUUCUGAAUUCAUAUACAUGUAUGUUUUGUAUUUAUAUACAGUUUCUCUGUAAAUAUGUUGGCAGGGUCUAUCAAAGAAUUGUAAAUUGUGAAAACGUUGCUGAAAUUAAUUUUCAUUGAUCAUUUAAAUUAGUCGAUGUUAAAAUAGGUGGAAGUAAAAUACAGAGUUAAUGAAGUAUUAGCAAAAUUGCUUAUUUAUGAAGAAGAUAUUUUACAUAUGGAUCUUAUUUUUUGGAAUGAUAAGUUAUGUUGUCUUCCAAUCAUGUAGGCAUAGACAUCUCAAGUCAGAAUUUCCAUUGAAUAUUCUUUACUUAUUUAAAGGAAUAAUCAGCAGACGCUCUAUUUAGGAAUUGCUAGGUGUUUAGGGAAGGGAAAGAAAAAUGUAUUAGUUUUUAGAUCAUGCAUCAUUUCAAUUAAUUAGAAAUUGAAGUUCUACAUGAGAAUUGAAUGUUCAGGAUUGGUGAAUAUACUAAUAGAAUGGCACAAUAUAGAAUAUUUUAUUGUCAAUGAAAGUUGGUGAAUACAUUGGCAUGAAUUUCUAUUUCGGAUUUCAGGAAUAUACUCUAAGGAGGAAUUUCAAUAUAGUGAUCAUGAAAGUAUAUCACUCCUGCUUAAAAAAUUCUGUUUGCAGCUUAUUUUCAAAAUAAUUUAAUUGGAAUAAACACUUGUCUAUUUUUGGUAUUAGAAUCAGGGUAUACAUCAAUGGUAUCCAAAUCUUUUCAAAAUAUGUUAUUUAUAGAAAGGCUACUUAACUUCCAAAUUAAAAAAAAGCCUACUGUAAUUUGAAAAAUGUUUGGUAGCAAGUCAAAAUUGGAGAAAAAAUUAGGUAAAAGUAGUGCGUUGGUAAAAAGAUAAAAUUGAAUGUAAAUUGCAAAAAAUUGUAUAAAUGUUGUUUGCUUUACAUUGCCGUUUAUAAUACGGAUUUGAAUUUUCAGAGUACAUAAAUUUGAAUGUCACUUCUCUAAUAAGCGUGGUAUUUAAAAGUUUGAACAAAUUCUCGUUUCAUAGAAUAUAUAAAGUUGAAAGAAGUUGAAGUUUUUACAAAGAAUUUUUUAAUUCAACAUAUUCACUUUUUCCCUUUUUCAUUCAAGUUAUUUAUCAAAUUAAAGUUUUUACUCUAUUAAAA